AUUGUCGUUGUCGUUUUGUUGAACAAUGUUGUCAGGACAGUUGCGAUUUUAUGAUCAGAGCAGGCCAUCCACUUGUAAAAUUUCUGAAUCCCUUAUGCUGCAGCCGUAUGGAAAUGUGGAGGAGGAGGAGCAAGAGGAUGAUGAUGACGAUGUCGAGGAAGAGGUGGCGCGGGAGGAGGACGAUGUCGAGGAAGAGGUGGCGCGGGAGGAGGACGAUGACGUGGAGGAGAAGGACGAGUGGGAUGAGAAAGAUGAUGUGGAGGAGGAGGAGGAGGAGCGGGACGAGAACGAUGUUGUGGAGGAGGAGGAGGAACGGGGGGACAACGAUGAUGUGGAGGAGGAGGAGGAGCGGGAGGAGGAUGGUGUUGUGGAGGAGGAGGGGCUGGAGGAGGACAAAGAUGUGGAGGAGAAAGAUGACAUGGAGGCGGAGGAGGAUCCGGAGGAGGACGAUGACGUGGCGAAGGAGGAGGAGCAGCGGAAGGACAAUGACGUGGAGAAGGAGCAGCCAGAGCCCAGAGGAGCUCAGGACAAUGACAUGAAGAAAGACGAGAAGCGGGAUUGCCCACAAGCGGAACAUAGCAGCGAGCGGCACCCGUGUGAAGCACCAGGCCACACACCCGAAGCCACUCAACCGCACAACACCAAAGACGACUGCAAGGAACAAAACGUCAAAAGGCGAACGGCAGCAAGAAAACAACUCUGCGAAGCACCAGGCAACGCACCAGAAGUCACUCAACUGCAGAACGACACAGACGGCUGCAAGUAACAACACCGCAAGUGGAGGCACAACACAGUGCCCGUGUAAUGAAGCACAAGGCAACAA